CCAUCAUGCCCCCCUGACCCCUGCCAGCCCCCCCCGUGUCCCGUGCUAUGAGCGUUCGCCGUGACUUCUCCGCGAGCAGCUGCAAAUGAAAAUGGAGGAUAUGUCUUUGUCUGGCCUGGAUAACAGCAAACUGGAGGCCAUUGCACACGAGAUCUACACGGAGUUGGUGGAAGAUGCCUGCCUGGGGCUCUGCUUCGAGGUGCACCGGGCUGUCAAGUGUGGGUACUUCUUCCUGGAUGACACAGACCCCGACAGCAUGAAGGACUUUGAGAUCGUGGACCAGCCGGGCGUGGACAUCUUCGGGCAGGUGUACAACCAGUGGAAGAACAAGGAGUGCGUGUGCCCCAACUGCAGCCGCAGCAUCGCCGCCUCCCGCUUCGCCCCCCACCUGGAGAAGUGCCUGGGCAUGGGCCGCAACAGCAGCCGCAUCGCCAACCGCAGGAUCGCGAGCAGCAACAACCUGAACAAGUCGGAGAGUGACCAGGAGGACAACGAUGACAUCAACGACAACGACUGGUCCUACGGCUCUGAGAAGAAAGCAAAGAAGAGGAAAUCGGAUAAGAACCCCAACUCGCCCCGCAGGUCCAAGUCCCUGAAACACAAAAAUGGCGAGAUCGGCGGGAACCCCGAUCCCUUCAAGUACAGCAACUCGGCAGGAAUCAACUAUGAGACGCUGGGCCCCGAGGAACUGCGGACACUGCUCACCACGCAAUGCGGGGUCAUCUCCGAGCACACCAAGAAGAUGUGCACCAGGUCCCUGCGGUGUCCCCAGCACACGGAUGAGCAGCGCAGGGCGGUCCGGGUUUACCUCCUCGGUCCCUCCGCGUCCCUGCCCGAGGCAGAGGCCGGCGUGGAGAACGACAGCUUCGAGGUGGCCGAGAGCCAGGCCCUCAUGAGCCGCCUGCAGUGGGACGGCUCCUCCGACAUCUCCCCCUCCGACUCGGCCUCCUCCAAAGCCAGUACAAACAACUCCGAGUCCCGCAAGACCAAGAAGAAGAAGCCCCACCUGGGCCUGGUGAGCGGCGCCCCAGGGCUCGGCUCCAGCAAGAAGAAGAAGCCCAAGCCCCCCGCCCCCCACACCCCCAGCAUCUACGACGACAUCAACUGAGCCCCCCAGAGCCUGGGGGGGGGGCCAGGAUGGACAGACGGACGGCCACGGGCCAGGGCAGCCCCCCCAGAGCCCCCUGGUUUGGACACAAAGCGGGUACUUGGGGCACGGAGGACUCGGCCGUCGUUGGAGUGGGGCUGGAUUUGGGGAGCCCCCACUAGUGCCCCCUUCCUCCCCCCCUGCCCCGGUGCCUCUAUUUAUUCUGUGACAGUUUUUGUACGUGGGGCUCCCGUCGGGGCGCUGAGGGGGCGCCUGGCUCGGACAUGGGGGUACAACCACCCCCUUCCCCUCCCCGGUGCCCCCCAAACCCAGCUGUGCCCCCUCCCACACCCGCUCCUUGCUUACCCCAGCGGGGUGGGGGGCACCUGAACCCCCCCGGCAGGUCCAGGCCUGGGUGAGGGGGGUGUGAAUCCCCUCUGCUGCAGGGUUUUGGGGUGAGCCCCCCACCCUGGGGCUGCCCCCCCGUCCCUGCCCCGGGCUGGCUCUCGCUGGUCGGGCUGGCUCAGGAGUGGGGGGCAUGCUGGAGGUGGGGGUGUUUCCCACUCAGAGGACAAGUGGGGACCCCCUCACUCCCCUCAUCUGUUCAGCUGUGUCUGGAUUCAGCUGCUGGGGGCCUGGCAGUGCCCUCACAGGGGGGCUUUGGGGGGGCUGCAUGCUGCAUCCUUCAUGUUUGGGGCUGUUUGUGGGGGGCUCUGGAGGUGGGGGGGUAGCUGCUGUGACUGUCCCUGCGCCAAACUGUGUGGGGAGGGGGGGCCCCAACCUGCCAGGGACAGCCUGGGGGGGCUGAGAGUGGAGCAAAAUGGGGGGGGGUAGGCACAGCCCUGCUUCAAGGCAGAGCCCCCCCUGCCCCUCAUAUCCCCAGGGCAGCUCUGUUGUCCCACUCCCCGCAUGCCCGGGGACCUGCUGCUGCAGUCAGGGGUGUCAUUAGGGACCCCCCACCAGCUCUGGCUGGUGUUUGCACCCCCACAGGCUCUGCUUUUGGCUCGGGGAGGGGGGGGCCGGGACCAGCGCCCCGCUGUGCAGGCUGGGGGGGGGGACAGGUCCCUCUGGCUGGAUCCAGGUCACCCCCAGCCCUGUGAUAUCCCCCCCAUCCUGAGCUGUUCUCCAUCACAGGGGUUGUGCCAGGGACAGGGUUGGCUCUGUCCCCUCCAUUGUUCCCUGCCAUGGCUGUCUGACCCUCCCCUUGGCCCUGUGUCCCUGGGGGGGCAGUUUGUCUGUCCCCCCACCCCAGUGCCGUGGCUCAUCCUCUCGGUGGGGCUCACAAAUUAUGGUGCUCUCGACUCUGGAUUCACUAUUGUUUUCAAACUGCUGCUAAAGGCUGGGCUGGGGGGGUCCCACAGAGCCCUGGGCACCCCAAAACGCUGCGGGGGGCCCCUCCUCACUGCAUGGGGACCCCCGUGUGGCCCCUCCCGGUGUGGCUUUGGGGCUGGGGGGGCCUGGCCACCGGAGCACACCGAGCUGGCCUUAGUGUGCCCCGGGGCCUGAGGAUGGGGGUGUGGGCACCCAAAAACACAGGGGGUCACCCUGACCCCCUCCCCAGCUGCCUGGGGAGGGCACAGCGUGCUGGGGGCUCGUGUAGGGGGGAAAAGCUUGAGCCCCUCCGGCUGUGGGAGAGGCGCCGCAAAUUUGGGGUCCAAGGGAUGUAUUUGGGCUUGGUUGGGGGGGGUGGAUGUGCCCUGUGACCCCCCCAGGUCAGUGUCCUCACCCCCCACUCCCCAGUGUUUCUGCGUGUCCCCCCUCCCUGGGGGGAGCUGAGCCCUUGUGAGGUCUGUAUGUCCUGUGAGUGGGUUGUGGCUGCCCCUGUAAAUAAAACUGCAUCUUGACUUGGUA